ACACAGAACCAAGAUGUUAAAACUAAUAUUAAUUUCGUCGUUAAUAGUCCAUACGUUAGGGACGCCGAGUUUGCCGGACUUCGACGCCUUCCCGCCGCCCGGAGUCGUCAUCAGCGAGAGUCCCAGCGGCUACGCCAGGCUCGUCAACCACAUCAGAUUCCGCAACCUCACUUCAGGCUUCAUCCCCGUCGAUGCCAUCAAGGACAAUCCCUAUGGCUUCUCCAAAGAGGUGUUCAAAUAUUCUUCCACCCCUUCAGGCUUCGAGAGAUCCGAUGCCAUCCCAUCCAAUCCCUACGGUUACUCUACCAGGAUCCAGAGAGACAACCACGGACUUCGCGCACUUAAGAUUGGGUUUGAGAAAGUCGAGGCAAUCCCUACCAAUCCAUAUGGAUAUUCCAGAGAGACUGUUGAACUGAGUGAUAUCCCCAGUGCCUUUGAGGCAAUAGCAUCCAUACCUACCAACCCCUAUGGAUAUUCUGACAAGAAGGAGAAAGAAACACACAAGCCUGGUAGCCUUAACAGUGGAUUUGUGGAGGUUAGGGCAAUUCCCACGAACCCAUAUGGGUACUCCGAGCAUGUUAAAGAGCUGGAGAAGGCCCCAGGAGCCUUUGAGGCUUUUGAUACAAUCCCGAAGAAUCCAUAUGGCUAUUCUGAGAGGAUCGAGAGUAGAACCCACAGAGUCGGCAGCCUUGAGAGUGGCUUUGAAGAGGUCAGGGCCAUCCCUUCAAACCCUUAUGGUUACUCUGAAGACGUAAAAGGGUUGAAGAGUUCCCCAGGAGCCUUUGAAACUUUCGACUCGAUCCCCAAAAACCCCUAUGGAUACUCAGAGCAGGUUCAGAGAGAAAUUUACAGAAGCAAGGGACCAGGAAGUGGUUUUGAGAAGGUAGAACUUAUUCCUGACAAUCCCUAUGGAUAUUCAACACAGAUACAGAACGAAAAGGCUGCACCUAGAGCUUUUGCCACGUUUGAUUCAAUCCCUAAGAAUCCCUACGGAUACUCAGAGCAAGUUCAGGGAGAAAUCUACAGGAGCAAGGGACCAAACGGUGGUUUUGAGAAGGUAGAACUUAUUCCUGAUAAUCCCUAUGGAUAUUCAACACAGAUACAGAACGAAAAGGCUGCACCAGGAGCUUUUGCCACUUUCGAUUCGAUCCCUAAGAAUCCCUAUGGAUACUCAGAGCAAGUUCAGAGAGAAAUUUACAGAAGCAAGGGGCCAAACAGUGGUUUUGAGAAGGUAGAACUUAUUCACGAUAAUCCCUAUGGAUAUUCAACACAGAUACAGAACGAAAAGGCUGCACCAGGAGCUUUUGCCACUUUCGAUUCGAUCCCUAAGAAUCCCUAUGGAUAUUCAGAGCAAGUUCAGGGAGAAAUAUACAGAAGCAAGGGGCCAAACAGUGGUUUUGAGAAGGUAGACCUAAUUCCUGACAAUCCCUAUGGAUAUUCAACACAGAUACAGAACGAAAAGGCUGCACCAGGAGCUUUUGCCACUUUCGAUUCGAUCCCUAAGAAUCCCUAUGGAUAUUCAGAGCAAGUUCAGGGAGAAAUUUACAGAAGCAAGGGGCCAAACAGUGGUUUUGAGAAGGUAGAACUAAUUCCUGACAAUCCCUAUGGAUAUUCAACACAGAUACAGAAUGCAAAGGCUGUACCAGGAGCUUUUGCCACUUUCGAUUCGAUCCCUAAGAAUCCCUAUGGAUACUCAGAACAAGUUCAGGGAGAAAUAUACAGAAGCAAGGGGCCAAACAGUGGUUUUGAGAAGGUAGAACUUAUUCCUGACAAUCCCUAUGGAUAUUCAACACAGAUACAGAACGAAAAGGCUGCACCAGGAGCUUUUGCCACUUUCGAUUCAAUCCCUAAGAAUCCCUAUGGAUACUCAGAGCAAGUUCAAGGAGAAAUAUACAGAAGCAAGGGGCCAAACAGUGGUUUUGAGAAGGUAGACCUUAUUCCCAAUAAUCCAUAUGGCUACUCUACAAAGACAGCGAAGGUGACAGCUGCUCCAGAAGCAUUUGAAUCUGUUGCGGUCAUUGCCCAGAAUCCUUAUGGAUAUUCAGAAAGAGUGCAGGGUGAUCUGCAUACACAGGGAGUGCUCAGCAGUGGAUUUGAGACUGUCGAGAGUAUCCCAACAAACCCUUACGGUUACUCCACAGAGGUCAGAGAGCUGAAAAAAUCUCCAAGUGGCUUUGAGACUUUCAGCUCUAUUCCAAAGAACCCUUAUGGAUACUCAGAACAGAUUCAGGCCGACAAUCACAGGUCCAGAUCUUUAGGAAAUGGAUUUGUGAAAGUAGAUGCAAUCCUUAACAAUCCAUAUGGAUAUUCUACAGAAACCAGGAAGUUGAGGGGAUUUGAAGGAGGCUUCAUUAAAGUGGACUCCAUUCCCGCGAACCCAUAUGGCUAUUCAGAGAAAAUGCAGAGAGACAAUUUCAAGAUGAGGAGUACUGGAAGUGGCUUUGAAAAGGUUGAGGCUAUCCCCAAUAAUCCAUAUGGAUAUUCAGCCGAAGUUAAGAAACUACAAGAUCUCCCUAGUGGUUUUAUAUCUGUAAAAUCAAUCCCAACAAAUCCAUAUGGUUAUUCUGAGAAAACUGAAAGUUCCACAAAUCAGGGCAAGAGUCUUCCUACUGGAUUUAUAGAAGUUAGAUCAAUCCCUAGCAAUCCAUAUGGAUUCUCCACAGAAAUCAAAGAGCUGAAGAAUGCACCAUCAGGUUUUGAAACUGUAGAUGCUAUCCCUACAAAUCCAUAUGGUUAUUCUAACGAUAUACAUUCUGAUGUUCACAAUCCUAAAGCUCCAACAUCAGGAUUCGUUUCUGUUCAGUCUAUCCCCACUAAUCCAUAUGGUUAUUCUGAGAAAGUGACUGAGAUUAAAUCUGCCCCAAGUGGAUUUGAAAGAGUCAACUCUAUUCCAUCCAAUCCUUAUGGAUAUUCAAACAGAAUUCAAUCAGAACAACACAGAAGUCCUACUUUAACUACCCCAUUUGAAGAAGUAUCAAGCAUCCCCUCCAAUCCGUAUGGGUAUUCAGAAGAAAUAAAAAAUACUGAUAAAUUCCCAAGUGGUUUUAAGAACUUUGAGGAGAUCCCCACCAAUCCAUAUGGCUACAGUACUGAAGUGCAACAAGAGUCUUUCUCAACUAAAAUGAGGGUAUCAGGAUUUGAACCGGUCGAUGCUAUACCAACAAACCCAUAUGGUUACUCUGAAGAUAUCCUGAAGCAUGACAGCCCAGGUGCCUUCAUAAAGGUUGAAUCGAUCCCAAUUAAUCCAUAUGGGUUCUCUGAAAAAAUAGAUUCUACUCAACAUUCAGCUCAGCGUCUUGUGAGUGGCUUCGACAAUGUCGCCAGCAUCCCGUCCAACCCCUAUGGGUAUUCUGAAAAAGUUGACAAAGUAGACCAGGCACCAAGUUCCGGGUUCUCAGAGAAAAUAGGAAGGGGGUCAGCAUUCGAAACAACUAGACUCAUCCCUGAUAAUCCCUAUGGAUAUUCCAAAGAAAUACAUAGUUAUGAUAAUGCAUCAGGAUUUGGUAAUGUCGAAGCCAUCCCACAUAACCCAUUCGGAUAUUCGGAGGUGACACAAAACUGA